CGCUUCGUGAUAUUAAUAUUUACAUUUUCAAGUUUAAGUUUGGCAGUAUUUAAUUCAAAUCUAAAUGGAAAGAGAGGAGAAAAAACGCGCUCGCCAAGUUCUGUCAGAGAGCAUUGACAGGUUUUUGGAGGAGCAUGCUUCAGACAUGGCGGUGCAGGCAGAGAGCUUUGCUACAGAAUGUUGUGGCCAGAUAUUAAAUGAUUUCGACGAACAAACACAUGAGGCGUGGAUAGUGCAGAUUCCAAGAGGAAUGGAUCCCAGUAGUCUUGCUGGUAAGCGCAUCAAAGUUCCAGGACGCCGCACAUUUGACAACAUUCAGGUGCGCUCUGCAAUCUACUCCCAGCCAUUACGCUCAGCAAUUGGUUAUGUGAAUCCCAAAGAGAAAUACAAACUCUGCGCAUUGCCCUUGUCCGGUUCUAUAGUGCUGAGUAAUCAACAGGAUAUGGAAGAACCACAAAAGCAGGAGCCAGAUACGUUCCCAGAGGCUGGAGAACCGCCGACAUUCAAUGUGAUCGUUUCCCAUCCAUUAUUUGGCCGCGAUUACAAAAAGCGCAUUGAGGUGCCCAAAAAAAUAGCUAAAGUUCUACGCGAAGCAGACCAAACAAGUGCAAAGUGUACGGCACAAUUAAGACGCACAGCUAACUACUACAAAACUCGCAACGCACUGCAGACCACCACAAAGACUCUGAAGCAAAAAGAAAUCGCCAUUCGAAAAACGGUAGUCACAGGUGUGUCUCCAAAUCUUAAUCAAACAUAUGAUAGCUUCAACGGGGGAGAGUAUGAGACGGAGAAAGACGUGGAUAAUAUCUUAAGCCUCAUAGGUGACAGCGAUGACGAUGUUGUGGUAAAAAAUGAGCCCGAUUCGCCUCCCAGUAAGAAAAUUAAAAAACACAAGGCCGAAAAAAAAUCAGCGGUUAUAGUUUGACAGCCCAUAAGGAACCGCAAGUGUAGUAGCGGUUUGCUAUCAAUUCCAAUAAAGGGUUGAGAAGUAGAUAGACAGCAAUUAGAUAUAAAAGAUAAUUAAGGUUUACUCUGGAAAUGUAAAUCUUAUUUUAUAAUAAAAGGCCUUAUAUUUAAGUA